CAUUAAGGAAAUAAAUUAUAAUACAUCCGGGGCCAUAAUAUUCAAAAGAAGAGGAACGAUAUCUAUAUUUAUACAUAGACAUUUUCAUUCGAUUCAAGAAGAAAAACUAAUAUAGAUGUGUUUACGCAAAAUGAAAAACAGAAAAUCCCUCAAAAAUAAAAUAAGCGGAGCAUUCGACUUUACAUUUGUUGAAUUAUGUUUCAUAAUUAUAAUGUUAUAUGUAACGCUAGUUUUAUGGAAUUCCCAAUCUGAUCCGCAUUUUACUAAAAACCAAGAAAAACCCAAGAAAAAGCAAGAGACUAAGAAACAAAGAAAAUAUUUAAAUUGCACCAGGAACCCUACUAUAAUAUAUUGGUCACAAGAUAAUCUCAACACAGACGUACUUGGUACCAUAGAGUGCGAGGAAUUAUGUGAUGUUUAUUGGACGAACCAAAAGCUUAUGUUACCACGUAACAGUGAAGGUGCUUAUUUAUUUUACGGAAGUCGUACAAAUUUCGCCAAUAUGCCAUUACCAAGAAAUCCUCAGAAGGUAAUUUGGGCUUUUCAACAUGAAGAGUCUCCAAAAAACGUAUUACAUUUCAUGCAUGAAAAAAUUUUAAACCUAUUUAAUUAUUCGAGCACAUUUAGUAGACACAGUGACGUGCCAUAUCCUUUACAUUAUAUGAUCUCUUUAAAACUAAUAACGAGCACAAAGUAUUUCGUUAAAACUGAAGCAAAAAAUCGUGCGCUGAAAGAAAUAGCACCAAUUUUGUACAUACAGUCCAGUUGCAAAGCCCCAACACAGAGAGAUGAGUACGUUAAAGAACUGAUGAACUACCAGCGAAUAGACUCCUACGGCGCAUGUCUAAAUAACAAACCCAUACCUAACCAUUUAAAAGAAAUAAACAGUAAUUACUUAAAUAAUUUAUACGCAGAAAAUUUUCUUAAAUUUAUGGCUAGAUACAAAUUCGUGCUCACAAUAGAAAAUGGCCUUUGUGACGAUUAUAUAAGUGAGAAAUUUUGGCGAGCGAUCCACGUGGGUGUAGUGCCUAUCUACUUUGGUGCUCCUACGAUAAGGGACUGGCUGCCAAACAACAAAUCAGCUUUGAUUCUCGAUGAUUUUCCGUCGCCACUACGGCUAAGCGCACGUAUUAACACUUUAAUGCGAGACGACGAUUUGUACGAAGAAUAUCUUCAGCACAAGACAAAAGCCUUGAUUUCUAACCAAAAAAUUAUUGAAGAAAUUAAAGCAAGGCCAUAUCAGACGGAUGACAUGCAGAAAGAUAAAAAAUUUAUGUGUUUUAUUUGUAAGAAACUUUACCAGAAAGAUAAAAGUAUUAAGGUGGUGCCCAAAAGCCAUUACAAUUGUCCAAAGCCUAAACCAAUUUUCGCGGAUUCUGAUAUUACUUGGGCACAACUGUGGGAAACUUCCAGAAAGGAGUCGGAGGAGAUUUAUGAUGAAAUAAUGUAUUUUUAA